CACCAUUCACUGUUCAGAUCCCACUUUCCGACUCUUCCGGGUACCCCUUACACGAUAUUCCAAAGUCCGAUAGGCUACACGAUAGAUAAAUGAUUAUUGGUGUUUGCCUCUCGUUCAUUGCAGUCGAAGUUGUUUACUCUGUGGUUGACCUGAGUCUUAGUCCGAUAGACUAGUCAUUAUUUGAAGUUUGUAAAGCUGUUCUACUGUAAACAUGUAUGACGUUGUUAUUGUCGGCGCUGGGCUGUCUGGAUUGAACGCAGCACAUCUUUUACUGCAGAGAGAUGCAAACCUAAAAGUGUUGGUCUUGGAAGGAAAAGAGCGGGUGGGUGGGCGGACUCUCACACAGGAUGUGCCUGCUGCUGGUGGACUUGAUCGCUGGGAUCUUGGUGGACAGUGGGUGUCCAGUUCUCAGACCCAUGUAAUGCAACUCAUAGAGGAACUCGGUUUGGAGGUGUACCCACAAUACACCAAAGGCAAGAAGGUGCAUCACAUGGGGGGCCCCAAGGCCAGGAUCAACACCUACACGUCCAGUACGCCGUCCUACUCACCCCUGACAGUGCUAGACUUCCUGCAGUUCCUGUGGAAGCUUGACAGGCUGAGCAAGUCGGUGGAUGUGGAGGAGCCUUGGCGGACCCCUGACGCCGUUCGCCUGGACGCCAUGACCCUCUCCACCUACAUGGAGCAGCACCUGUGGACUACAGAGCUAAAGGAGGAGCUGGCGUUGUGUAGUCGUGCGGUGUUUGGGAUGGAGCCGUGUCAGAUGAGUCUCCUGUUCUUCCUCAUGUACUCAGCGGCCGCCGGGGGAUUCCUGCAGCUGCUGGAGACCACCCCUGGAGCAGCGCAGGAGUUUAGGGUCAAGGGGGGCACCCAGCAGCUGUCAGAGUGCUUGGCGGAGCGGAUCGGUACUGAGCGUGUGCGGCUCAACUCUCCUGUGACGGCCAUAUGGCAGGGAGACGAUGGUGUGGAGGUGAAGACACCAACUGAGUCAUUCUCCUGCAGAGUCGUCAUCGUCACCUGCCCCCCACACAUGGCAGCUCAGCUCGAGUACCAGCCAGCCCUCCCAAUGGAGAGACAGCAGCUGAGCCGGCACAUGCCAGUGGGGUACCUGAACAAGUUCAUCAUCACCUAUCCUACGGCCUUCUGGAAGGACAAGGGAUUCUCGGGGGAGAUCGUGGCGCGGCCGUCCAACGAAUGCCCCUUCUGCGUGACCUAUGAUGCCACCCUGACCACGGGCAAAGCAGCUCUAGUGGGGUUCAUCGCCGGCCUGCAAGCCUAUGACUGGGCAUCUCGAAAGAUGGAGGAGAGGAGAGCUGCAGUGGUCUCCAGCCUGGUGAGAUACCUUGGUCCUGAGGCCUCGAACUUCAUCCAUUACAUCGAGAAAGACUGGUCCCAGGAGCCUUACAGCGGGGGUUGCCCAGUGAAUGUCAUGGUCCCAGGGAUGCUAACCUACUUCCACCCCGGCCUCCGCAGGCCUGUUGGCAGGAUCCACUGGGCAGGUACGGAGACGGCCACCAAAUGGUGUGGCUACAUGAGCGGCGCUAUCCAGAGUGGCCACCGGGUGGCGCUGGAGGUACUGGCCCGCCUGAGCCCGCACUUGUUGAGUCAGGAGGAGAGGGAGGCGGCACAGGGCCUCCGCCACCAGGAACCAACCCCCCGGAGUGACCACUGGAGCCAUGUGAUUGGCUACUCGCCAUUCCGUAUCACCCUCACCCUGACCGCCAUCACUCUGGGGGCCACCUUGCUAUUGGUCAAGCCUCAACUCAGGAGAGAUGUGAUUGGCCAAGUGUUAGCCUGGCUUCCUAAAUAUUACACAAACUAGGAACACAGAUGUUCUCUAGACAGGCACAGACAAAACAGUGCUUUAUGAGCCGCAGGGCGAAUCGAUCGAAUUUAGCUGCAAUAUCUUUCGAACCACAGGGCAUAGCGACAGAACGUGUUCUGUUCCGUGUUUCGUUUACUCUGGGCAAAGAAAAAUGUAAUCAAAACAACAGAAGUGACAUACAAAAGAAAUGUUUUUAUCCAUGCUUGAAGCUCCUAGUCCCAUUUGUGUACCAUGUGUUCCAUGUGUCCAUGUGUUCAUGUUGUCUUGUGCUAUUAAAAUGGAAUUCCUAUACAGCCUUUGUUUUAAAUGAGCUCAUCCCAGUUGUGGUAGCAGGCAAGGAGGCCAUCGCACUUUCCUGGUCUUGUGGAAGAUAAAACGUGUGUGCAGCAGCAGCAGUGUGUGUGUGCGUGUGUGUGUGUGUGUGUGUGUGUGCUGGAGGUGGGAGGUGAUGGACGCGCCGCAGGAAAUUGCUAAUUCAUGGCGGAGAGGCGUCCUGUUUGUCUUGAUAAGGACGCGCGCUGCCGCGGCAACAGCAGGACCAGGAAGGGAGGGCCGGCGGAGAGGAUGGAUCUCUCGCGUCGCACCAAACCACACAGAGCCGAAGAUUCCGCUUCUUAACAUUCCAGGACGGGGGCUGCUCCGGUGUAUUGGCCGAGCCCCAACUGAGUCAUUUGAUUGGACGCGUGUUGGAGAGCGUGGCUUCCUCGGAGAUGACUAAUCCUGCGGUCGGAACUCCCACUCAUUCACUGCUCACUCAGGGCCUGAUUUACUGAAGGUGUGCGACGUGCGUGUAUAGAAAACCUGUGUAGACUCAGAAUCAGCCAGAAAUGAAUGAGCAUGCUGAUCCACUAAUGGGGAAUACUGAAGAUGUCUCCUUUCAAAUGAAAAACAUAAGACAUAUUGCCAAGAUAAUAUGCCUUCAUGAAUACAGUUUGGGCCAUUUCUCAAGUUCACAAAAUACUGGGAGGUGAACGUUUAGCUAGUUAAUUUAGCAAAUGCAAUGCAAUUUGCCAAGCCCGUUUAGUACCUUGUGAUUACAUCUGCAUUUAAAGAUAACAUAGAAUGGGUGAAUAAAGCCUUGCACUUUCAAAGUGUUAUCAGUGAAUAUUGAUUAAAGAAGAAUUCCUUUCAUUAUGAACAAACUAUUGUGCCUUGUUCUUUUAGGAAUGACAUGGUGAU